CCUGUCUCCUUCUCGUCACCGGCCUCUGUCUCACCUUCCCCAGUCCCCGACUCUCCCUCACCUAGUCCGGUCCCAAUCCCCCCCACCCAGUACCGUCCAUUACCCACUAAACUUGCCCCAUGGUCACUCGCUCCCUAAACAACAUCUUCAAGCCCAAACAGAUGCAUCUUGCCACCAAAUACCUUGUCCCCACCACCGUUGAGCCCUCAUGUGUGAGCCAAGCUUUGAGUCACCCCUAAUGGUGAAGGGCUAUGUCAGAUGAGUUUGAUGCUCUUGUUCAACAAGGGACUUGGGAUCUAGUUCCAGCAUCUCCGAAUCACAAUGUUAUUGGGUUGGCCAAAGGCUUUCACCAGUGGCCUGGUCACGACUAUUCCAACAUCUUCAGUCCUGUUAUCAAACCCACCACCAUUCGCAUUGUGUUUACUAUUGCUAAGAGCAAAAUGGAUGGUGCCAAAACAGUUGCAACACCCAUGUCCUCCUCAGGUUUGUCUCCUCAGAAUGGUUCUCCAACUCUCUCCGAUGCCACAACUUACAGGAACUUUUAUAUGCAUUGUCCCACUGAGUUGCACUGGCAAGCAGUCAAACAUAUUCUACGGUAUUUGAAGGACACCAUGUUCCAUGGCUUAUUGAUAUGGUCCAGCUCUAAUCUUACUCUUCAUGCCUUUAGUGAUUCUGACUGGGCAGCCAUUGCUCGAAGUUCUACCGAGGCCGAGUAUAGAGCCUUGGCUGCUGCUUCCUCUAAGUUAGUUUGGGUACUGCAUUUGUUGAGUGAGCUUGGCCUUCAUUCUGGUAAUCCACCCGUUCUCUACUGUGAUAAUGUUGGUGCUACAGACCUUAGCAGUAAUCCAGUCAUGCAUUCUUGUAUGAAGCACAUCGCCAUUGAUCUCCACUUCAUUCGUGAUUUGGUUGACAAGAGAAUUCUUCGUGUUUCUUAUAUUGCCUCAGUAGAUCAACUUGCCGAUGGGCUGACCAAACCAUUAUCUUCCAUCUGCUUUGCCUUGUUAUGUUCCAAGAUUGGUGUCAUUGAUGGCUCCACCAUCUUGCGAGGGCGUAUUAAGGAAACCUCAGAUAUUGCACCAUCAAUCAUGGCUCAAUCACACAAGGGAUAUCAAGAUUGAAUGAUUAUCACGAUUGUUUUGCCAAUCAUAUAUUAUGUAAUAAUGAAGAUUCUGCACAUUAUGUAUAUUUCCCUUUUCACUAGUUCUUUCCAUAAGAAUAAAUUAGGGUUGCCACAGAACCCGUGUAUAUAUACAUGUAAAAUCAGUGAAUAAAAUAUCGCUUCCACU